UGCCUUCAUCUGGUGUUACCGUGCAUGGGGAAAAGUGUGUUUUGUGAUCCUUUUCGCACAAUUAAAUUCCUCCUCUGUUUAACGAAUUCUUGUGAGGAUUGUGAGCAAAUAUUUGCAUGCUUGAGAAAUCCGGCGGAUGAAAGGGGAUCGUCGUGUGAUUUCUUGGCAUCACUUGGGUGUUUUCCUUUAAUUUGCACGCCAACAUUGGGCGCGCUUGGCAAAGGAUGAAAGAGUGUCUCAGCCGGGAAGUGCGCUAGAGAGGAUAAUCCGGAAAAAUGGGGAAUGAAAGAAAGGAUUCGGAGUCGGUGAGUGUUGACAUGGACACUUCACCAUCUCCAGUGCCGGGAAUUGGCAAUUUGACUGGCUCCAUGUCACUGGAUUUGCCGAAGCCCCUGACAAUUGACGAGAAGAAGUUCCUCUUGUCCGUCGAGAGGGGCGAUUUGGCCAAUGUGAGGAGGAUGCUGCAGAAGGCCGGCCGGAAGCACCACUUCAACAUCAAUUGCAUGGAUCCGCUGGGAAGGGGCGCCCUCACGCUCGCCAUUGAUGGCGAGAAUCUCGAGAUGGUGGAGCUUCUCGUAAUCAUGGGCGUCGAGACAAGAGACGCUCUCCUGCAGGCCAUCAAUGCGGAGUUUGUGGAGGCGGUGGAGCUGCUGCUGGAGCACGAGGAGAUCAUCCACAAGGACGGCGAACCCUACAGCUGGCAGAAGGUGGACAUCAACACUGCAAUGUUCACGCCAGAUAUCACACCACUCAUCCUGGCAGCGCAUCGGAACAAUUACGAGAUCCUGAAGAUCCUGCUGGAUCGCGGAGCCACCAUUCCAGUUCCGCAUGACAUCAAGUGUGGCUGUAAUGAUUGCAUCCGGCAGUCAUCUGAGGAUUCCCUCAGACACUCCCUGUCGCGUGUUAAUGAGUACAAGGCUCUGGCCAGUCCUUCGCUGAUGGCACUCAGCUCGGCGGAUCCUCUGCUCACGGCCUUUCAGCUGUCCUGGGAACUGCGCAAUCUAGCAUUCGCCGAACAGGAGUGCAAAUCCGACUAUGUUGAGCUGCGGAAGCAAUGCCAGCAAUUCGCUGUCGAUCUCCUGGAUCAGUCACGAAGCAGCCAGGAACUCGCCAUUAUCCUCAAUCACGAUCCCGAAUCUCCGCCCUACAUGGAUGGAGAUCACAUGAAACUGGCCAGACUUGAGUUGGCCAUCGACUACAAGCAGAAGAAGUUCGUGGCUCAUCCUAAUAUUCAGCAACUCCUCGCUGCGCUCUGGUACGAAGGAGUCCCGGGCUUCCGGCGCAAGACGGCCAUGCAGAAGAUGACCAUUUGCAUGCGCGUGGCGCUGCUCUUCCCGCUCUACUGCGCGCUGUACAUGAUUGCGCCUACGUGCUCCACAGCGGAGCUCAUGAGGAAGCCCUUCAUGAAGUUCCUGAUCCACGCCUCGUCGUAUCUCUUUUUCCUCUUUUUGCUGAUCCUUGUCUCUCAGAGAGCGGAAGUCCAGGUGAUUCUCUUGUUCGGCACUGAAAGUAUGCGUCGGGAGCUGGAAGAGGAGCUGAUGAAGCAGCGCGGAAACGCACCAACUUACCUGGAACUCCUGGUAGUAGUCUAUGUCCUGGGCUUCAUCUGGGAGGAAACACAGGAGAUCUUCGCCGAGGGCAUACAGAGCUAUCUGCGCAACAUGUGGAACUUUAUAGAUUUCAUGCGGAACUUUCUAUACUGCAUGGUGGCCUGUCUGCGCAUCUUCGCGUACAUCCAGCAAACCAGCGAGAUCAGUCGUGAUCCCAGCACAGCCUACAUUGCCCGAGAACACUGGAACGACUUCGAUCCGCAGCUAAUCGCCGAGGGACUCUUCGCGGCGGCGAACAUCUUCUCAGCACUGAAGCUGGUGCAUCUCUUCUCCAUAAAUCCUCAUCUGGGACCACUUCAAAUCUCGCUAGGUCGCAUGGUGAUCGACAUCGUGAAGUUCUUCUUCAUCUACUCACUCGUGCUGUUCGCCUUCGCGUGCGGCCUGAAUCAGCUGCUGUGGUACUUUGCCGAUCUGGAGAAGCAGAAGUGCUACUCACUGCCCGGAGGAUUGCCUGAUUGGAAUGCCCACUCGGACGCCUGCAUGAAGUGGAGACGAUUUGGAAACCUCUUUGAGUCCUCGCAGUCGCUCUUCUGGGCGAGCUUCGGCAUGGUGGAGUUGGAGACAUUCGAGCUAGCCGGGAUUAAGUCCUACACACGCUUCUGGGGCCUCCUCAUGUUCGGCAGCUACAGUGUGAUCAAUGUGAUUGUGCUGCUGAACCUCCUCAUCGCCAUGAUGUCCAAUUCGUAUGCCAUGAUCGACGAGCACUCGGACACAGAGUGGAAGUUCGCGAGGACGAAGCUGUGGAUGAGUUACUUCGAGGACAGCGCGACACUGCCGCCGCCGUUCAACAUUUUCCCCUCGAUGAAGCUGCUCAUGCGGCUUUUUGGUUGCUCCAAGAAGAAGAAGAGGGUGAUCGAGAGGAAAUCCACGAUCCGACGCAAUCAGGAGAAGGAGCGCGAGCACAGGUAUACUAGUGUCAUUCGGGCUCUGGUGUGGCGUUACGUCUCUGCCAUGCACAGGCGAUGCGAGGAGGACAGCGUCACGGAGGAUGACAUCAAUGAGGUCAAGAUGGAGAUCUCAGCCAUGCGAUACGAGUUGAUAGAAGUCCUGGGUCUCAAUGGCAUGGACAUAUCGAUUGUGCAGCGAAAGGAGAAGACGGUGCUGGCCAAGAGGAUGAAGGUCUGGGAGCGUCGCCUCAUGAAGGACUUCCACGUGGCCGCCGUGGGUGCAGAGGGUGAAGAUGAGACGGCCGAAGCGCCUCCGGCCGGUACUGAGACGGGCCUGGAUAAAUUCCGCCGCGUGGCCAGGCAGGUGGCCAACGCCUCCACCAGCCACAUGUGGGGCCAGGUGAUGCAGGGCGUGGGCAUUCAGAUGGACUCCCAGAUUGGCCGAUGUCGCAAUCGAGAGAGCUUCAAGAAGCAGCAGAAUUUGCUGCGCGCCAUGGAAGAGGCCAAGAGGCUGGUGCAGCGCAGUCCCAGGCAUCGCAGUGGCAGUGUUACACCGGUUGAUCUUGUGGAUCCCACGACGAACACUCUCAUGGAGCUGCUGAAGAACAUGCAGGAUGAAAUUGGGGAAAUAUCACCAAGAGGCACCUUGAAUCCGUCCAAGGAAGGCAAAAGUAGAGCCACUUCGCCAGCAGCGCAGAUUCUUCAGGGGUUGGCAAAGAGUCCCAGGCCAGAGAGGAUUCCUGAGGUCCCCAAGAAAAUGGAGAAUAUUCCUGCUCCUAGUGUUUCAGGUGUGGUGUCGCCACCUCCCAAAUCCGACGUCAGCUCUCCUCCCAGUAUCACUUCACCGCCGAGUGUGACGUCUCCGCCCAGGAUCACUUCCCCGCAAAGUGUAACACCUCCGCAAAGUGUUACACCUCCACAAAGUGUCACAUCUCCGCCCAGGAUCACCUCUCCACCGCCUGAGAUCCUCAUCACCUGCUCAGACAAGCUUCCCGACACUUCCAACCAGUACAAGGUGAUCAAGAGAAAGGCUCCUGCUGCUGCAGACAUCGCAGUUUCGCGACCUGUGGCAGCGAAGCCGCCUGCCGGUCAAGGCAUGAUCCCACCUCCGCCGUCCAAGACGGAAUCAAGUCCUGCCAAGGCUCUGUCGCCUCCGAAAAUUCCCCCACCGACGCCGCGAAAGAGCAGCAUUCCAGGAAUCGAGUCUCUGGCUCUGGAUCCGGGUGUGUCUGGCAGUCGGGAGAAGCUGGUGUCGGACAAGGAGGAGGAAGAGAAACCCGUUUCUUCUCCCCCGGCGUGUCGAAAGCCCGCAAAGAUUGCUGAAGAGGUGAAGCUUUCAAUCCCGAAGCCCGCCAGGAGACAAUCCAAAGAUGGGUGGCUCUAGUCAAUUAGCAAUAAGUGUAUUUCAUGAUUUUGAGAGUUCUCAAUCUGCCAUCGGGAAAAUUGCUGCUGUGGCAUUUUCCUCACUCCACUCCAAUCAAUUUUGUUGAUUCCUGAGGAGGAGAUUUGCAUUCUUUCCACGAGUGCGCCAUCAAUUGUGAUGGAAAGUGCUGAAAGUGUAUUUGGACGUGGAAAAGUGUGAGAAAACACUUCCGUCAUCAAUUAAUAUUGGGUGAAUUUAAUUAAUUGUAACUCUAAGUGAAUCUCCCUGAAAAUACUUCAACGUCAAUUCACGGGCGCUCUUCUCCUUCGCCCGUUGCCUUCGGAAAAAGCGUAUGAUGGGAAUUAAAUUUGAAUAAGAGAGAGAGAGAGCGCCAGAAGUGAGGGAAAGAGAGUGUAAUAAGAUGAGAAAUUUAUGAAUUUAUGUAAAAAUGGAGGGAAUUUAAAUAAAAAUUCAUAAUAUUGCGGGUCUUAUCCAUAAGAAA